AUUAUAAAGCAACAAUUUUUUUUUUGCAUUUUCUGGUUAUCUGGCUGACUAAAGAAAAAGCUGAAAUAAGCUGUGUAACAAAAAUAGCAAUUGACAUAAUAGGAACAGAAGCGACUACAACAAGAAAAAAACAAACAAAAAUAAAGAGGCAAUUCGUCCGAUGACACAUUUUACGCUGGAAAAAAUUGCAUUUACUCUUAAGGACAGAAUAAAACGAAUUGCCAUGUAGCAGUGUGUGAGCGUUAUCCUGUCUGCUUGUGCGUGUGGGUGUGUGUUGCGCGUGUGUGUUACGAGACAGCAACAACAUCAUCAAGUCAAGAAACAGCACAAACAACGCAGGAAAAAUACACAAAAAAGAAAGGAAAAUCGAAACAGAAGAUUAAAUCAGACAACAAACGACAAAGGCUGCAGAAUUUGACUUAACACCCCCAAGGACAGCAAAGCACCCCAAGGAGACCAUUUGAGAAAAACAUUACUACCACCAUGCGGCUGCUUACUUCGACGAUGCCACAGUUAUUUCCUUUACUUCUCCAUCUGCUGCUGUUAAUGCCCGUUCAUGUAACGGCGCGAUUCUGUGAGGGUGGACACAUCUGUUCUCUGCCACGUGAAUGUUGCACCCAGGGCUGCUGUCCACCGUAUCAAGGCGGGCCACGGGAGCUAACUCCGCCAUCAGAGCAUGUACUAAACUUGUUCUUCAUCAGCCACUGGUUCUUUUGGUGCGUGGUAGUGGCCGUUAUCUUAGCCAUACUCUGUGCUUACUCGCUGUGGAAGAAGCGACGCACACUAUGUGGAUGGGGCUUUACGGAACAUCAUACACAGUCCGAGGGAGAUUCGGCAGGCUCGUGCUAUGCCCCACCGCAAUACAGUCGCUGCAACUCGUUUCAUCAUCCGCCGCCACCCUACACGGAGGUGACUUCAAAGCCAGAUCUCUACCCACUCGUUUUCACAUGCAACAGCGAAAAUAGCAAGGGAAAUGUCGGGUCCAGCUAUCUGAUGGUGCAAUAUUUUCGGAACUAUAUUAUACGCCCGACAGGGUCCCUGAGUGCCACCAGUACUGUUGACUCGCUUAGCUCCAGUUUCAUUUGUAAUGCUAAUGAGGCCAAUACUUUGGUGCCGCCACCUUAUUCCCGGGCGGCCAGCCCUGAACUGAGCUUGCAGUAUGUCAAUCAUCGAGAACUGCCGUCCAAUUCGCAAUUGGCAGCGCCGCAGUACGGAUUACCACGCUCUGCAUCUCAGCUGGUGGAAAUGGAAUAUCAGCCUCCCCAAGCGUACCCGACUCACUAUGCGACCAUUGCACUAGACGGUGUUGCAGGGAUUGGUGCUGGCCCAGCGCAUUACAGUACACGGCUGCACACUUCGCACAGCGGUCACUUUUCGUCAGAUGGAUCGGUAGGGGAAUCAGCAAACGAAAUGCACAUAAAUGAUGUUAGCGGUGGUUUUCUCCAGUCGCACAGCGAUCAACAUUUUCGCUACAUGGCAAAUAGUACCAGCAGUCUCAGUGAUAUUUUUGUAAAUAACAGCUGUGCAGUGGGCUUGGGCGACACCACGGUAGAUGUAGCUGCAAGUGGAGUGGCCACGCAGGCGCCUUCACUAUGCAGCCUUGCUGCGGGGACAACGCAGGUCAUUUACAGCAAUGGCUGCAUACAGCCAAAUCCUUUGCAUAAUUUAGUGAAUAGUUGCCAACUAACGACUACAGUAGAAGCAGCUGCCACAGCGACGGCACCUACAACAAAUAGCAUAGUGUCUGGAGUGAGCAGCCUCUCAAAUAUUGGCACACCAGGUUCACCUCCUCAACCCACAAGUCCAACAGGUGAAGAGCGCGAAGUUUUGAACCAGAUACGGCAAUUGCAAGCAGGUGUUAGCUACGAUCGGCUGUUGCUUACCGAUGGAGUCAAGCAUCGAUUUCAACAUACUAUGUCCACGCCCAUAACACGACCUUCCACACUGCAACAACAUCAACAAAUCACUUCAGUACUUCAGUCGACUGCAACAGCUCCCAGCAAAAGCAAAAAAUUAUAUGCGUCCAAAUCGCCUAACAAAGCUUUGUACAUUCCCAUGGCCGCAAUUGCGCCGCCUUCCAGCCAACGCUGUGUGCUCAAGAGUCCCGUAAGCAGCGUUGUCUACGGUGCUAGUUUCAUUUUAAACCGUGGACGUGUGGCGCGUAAGGGAUGGAUAUCCCGAUCAGCACCAUCCACGCCGGGCAGCGGACUACCGCCCAACCGAUUAGGCGACGAUAGUCCAUUACUUAAUGAGCACGACGAGGAUGCCAUCGACGAAGCACACGGUGAGCAACUCGAAUAAUACUCAACGGCUCCCUAAAAUUCCAGCGAUAUCUCAAGCAACACUAAAUAUAAGCUUUUAAUCAAAUUGCAAAUAACGAACAUUUUUGCAAAACAAGAUUUUCAUAAAUGGAUUGCUUGUUAAACAAGAUAUUGAUAAGCAGCUUUCGAGAGUCAAAUAUUAAAUUGUAUAACAAAAAUUAAAUAUAAAAAAAAUAAGA